AUGGGUUGGGCGGUAGGCGUCCUGAAUCCUCUCGAAAACGCUUUGAACGAGCUUUUCAACGAAUGUGGCUCCGCAGCGUUCGACUCAUGGGAAUUGACGUGGUCGUUUACAACUGGGCUCUGGACGAUUGGAGGAAUCGCUUGUGGAUUGACUACAGCGAUUGCCCCUGUUUAUCUCAAUGAAAUAGCACCUAUCAACCUGAAGGGUCUUUUCGGCAAUCUCAACCAGUUUACGUGCGUUAUUGGUAUACUGUUCGUUUGGGUUGUUGGACUCAAGCAAGUUUCUGGCGCAAUGGAUUGUCAAGUACCACUUGAUGAAAAAUUCGAGUGCCGUGUCGGGGAAGAAGAUAUCGGAGCAAUCAACCGGUUUUCUUUGACUCUUGGUCUCCCGCUCGUUUUCUGUGCGAUUCAAAUCAUCAUUCUUCCAUUUAUUUGGGAGUCACCGGCUCACUUGGCGAAAUUCUCUCCAGAAAGAGCCGCAAAAGCUGCUGACUAUUAUGCUGCGGAGAUCGAAAAAGAUACUGAAGAAGACAGACAAGUUCACCCUCGACUCGGUUGCUGUGAACCACUUUUCAUCAAGCCCCUGAUUGCCGUCGUCAUCCUUCAUCUCUCCCAACAACUCACCGGAAUCAACGCCAUUUUCUUUUAUUCAACCCAGAUCUUCACUAGCGCCGGCGUUUCUGACCCGGAAGUAGCGACUUGUCUGAUCGGUGUUGUCUCCAUCAUCUUUUGCGGCGCAUCUCUUUGGCUUGUUGGCUGUGCUGGAGGAAAAACGCUGCAUAUGUAUGGAAUCGGAUUGAUCGGCAUUUGCGCUGGAGUGAUUGCGCUUUUACUCGGCGUUUUCCAGGGCGAUGAUGAUUUUGAUAAUCAAGCUGCUAUAUCUAUCUGCUCAAUCGUCUUUGUCUUGGUUUUUACGGCAAUUUUCCAGAGCGGUCCAGGUCCGAUUCCAUGGGGAAUGGCGACUCAGUUAUUUGAUGAUACUAAUAGAUCUCGAGCGACAGCGAUUGGAAGUCUUGUAAAUUGGGGGGCAAAUACCGCCAUCGCUUUUGGUUUUCCCCUGCUCGAGGCAGUGAUGGGAGGUCAUGUCUUUUGGAUCUUCUGCGGCUUUAAUUUCUUUUUCUUUUUCAUGGUCAUGAUCUUCGUCCCUGAAACCAAAGACAAAACUCUUCGCGAAAUUCAGGCUUUCUUUGUCCCUUCAAUUCUCAAUGAGGAAGAAACUUUGCCAAAAUACAACGAAGCUUUCAAGACUGAAGAAACCAAGGAGGACAAAAACUUUGGGAGAAAAGAAUAUGCUUUUUAA